AAAAUAUUUGCUGCAGUUGGUACUGUUUGGCAACUGGCAACCCUAAUUUGUAAGUUCUGCCAACCUUUCUUUUCUAGCUCAUGUCGAUGUCGCACGAACUUCCUUUUCUCGUGUACUUUUGACAACACGAGGUUAUAAUUUCUAUUUUUGAAUAGAAAAAUAGCUGACAUGGCUGAAGAAAACUGGAAUGAUGAAAUGGAAGCGGGCAGCAUGGCUGUCGAAAGCAUGCCACUGCCGCAGGCGGCGGACAUCCCCGAAAUCAAACUUUUCGGCCGAUGGAGCUGUUACGACGUUCAAGUGUCUGAUAUGUCACUCCAAGAUUACAUUUCCGUCAAGGAAAAAUAUGCUAAAUAUUUACCACACUCCGCUGGUAGAUACGCUCACAAGCGUUUCCGUAAAGCUCAGUGCCCUAUUGUUGAACGUCUCACCAACUCUCUUAUGAUGCAUGGUCGCAACAAUGGCAAGAAACUGAUGGCCGUUCGCAUUGUGAAACAUGCAUUCGAAAUUAUCCAUCUACUGACUGGAGAGAACCCACUGCAAGUUCUUGUGACAGCUAUUAUCAACUCUGGGCCACGAGAAGACUCUACUAGAAUUGGUCGUGCUGGUACAGUGCGUCGUCAGGCUGUGGACGUGUCUCCCCUCCGUCGUGUAAACCAGGCAAUCUGGUUGCUGUGCACAGGAGCUCGUGAGGCUGCCUUCAGGAACAUAAAGACAAUCGCUGAAUGUGUUGCAGAUGAGCUCAUCAAUGCUGCUAAAGGAUCAUCAAAUUCUUAUGCUAUCAAAAAGAAGGACGAGUUGGAGCGUGUUGCUAAAUCCAACCGUUAAAACCUAAGGAUAACUUCUAAUAAAAAAGUAAGAAAAUUUA